UAUACAAACCGCUCCCAAGUCAGCACGUUAACAAACCAGUGUUUCUGUCCUGAACCCUGGUACACUCGAGGCGUAACAUUUUGAAAGAUUUUACUCAGCACAUAGCCAUAAAGACGGAUUUAAAUUAAUAGAGUUUGAAGACAAAGAAUACGGUUUCGAGAAUGGAUAAGCAAAAGAAUUAGGAAGUUUUGUUUUCGAAGGAACUGCUGGAAUAGCAACACAGUGACCCAAAAUAAGAAACCAUUCAGUUCCGACCUCAGAUACAAAGGCUCCAUGGCAUAAAGCCCAUCCUGGGAUUCAGCUGGUCUCUGGGGAUUUCUGUGGAGAAGCUCGCCGCUCUGACGCACUGCUGCCAUUUUCCACAGCUUGAGGGGAACCAGGAAGCAGUCGGCAGGAGACAUGCCUGCCCUGGCCAGUGGAGCCGGCCACGAGCCAGGUCUGUAUGAGCUUCUGGCAGCCCUGCCAUCCCAACUGCAGCCUCAUGUCAGCCGCCCCGAGGACAACACCUUCCUUCAGCACAUGUUUGGGGAGAGAGGCCUCCACUUGCUAGUUAAGAUCCAUGAGCGGCUGCAGCACUAUGAGGAGAGCAAACCCACCCCUGUGCUGGACAGUGCUGGAGCUCUGGCCCAUGAACUGUCUGAGGAGCUGGAAAAGAAAUCGGAGAAUGGAGACGUCAAAGAGCUUCUGAACCUACUGGCUAAACCCCACAUGAAGAGCCUUCUGUCCGUCCACGACACCAUUGCCCUCAAGAGUUAUGACCCUGAACUACCUCCACUGCCUGAAGACAUAGAUGACGACGAGGACUCGGUGAAAAUUAUAAGACUGGUCAAAAACAAGGAGCCUCUUGGAGCAACCAUAAGGCAGGAUGAACACACAGGAGCUAUUCUCGUGGCGAGGAUCAUGAGGGGAGGGGCGGCCGACAGAAGCGGGCUCAUCCAUGUUGGGGAUGAACUGAAGGAGGUUAAUGGAAUCCCUGUGGAUGACAAGAAACCAGAGGAAAUCAUUCAUAUUUUGGCCCAAUCACAAGGAGCCAUCACUUUUAAAGUUGUCCCUGGCAUGAAGGAAGAGCCGCCAACCAAAGAACCAAAGGUUUUCCUGAAGGCACUCUUUGACUAUGACCCAGUGGACGACAAAGCCAUCCCAUGUAAGGAGGCUGGACUGGCCUUCAAGAAAGGCUUCAUCCUUCAGAUCAUGAGCCAAGAGGAUCCAACCUGGUGGCAGGCCAAGCUUGAGGGUUAUGCCAAUCCUCGUGCCGGCCUGAUCCCAUCCAAGCAGUUCCAGGAGAGGAGAUUCGCAGUGCGACGACCUGUCGCAGCUUUCCCAGUCCAGCGGACCGCCAGCAGGCGAUUGUCUGGCUUCAGGAAAAGCUUCCGUCUCAGCAGAAGAGACAAGAAGACCAACAAGUCCAUGUAUGAGUCCAAGAAGAGCGAAAUGUACGACAUGGCUGACGUCCCUACGUACGAGGAGGUCGCGCCCUACCAGAGGCAGAAUGGAGCCAAACACCGGCUCGUGGUUUUAGUGGGACCCACAGGUGUUGGCUUGAAUGAACUUAAGAGGAAGCUAUUGAUCAGUGACCCCCAACACUUCAGUGUGACUAUCCCACACACCAGUCGGGCCAAGAAAACCCACGAGAGUGAAGGUGUGGAGUACCACUUCAUCUCCAAACAUCUCUUUGAGACCGACAUCCUCAACAACAAGUUCAUUGAAUAUGGUGAGUACAAAGGGAAUUACUACGGGACAAGCCUGGACUCGGUACGCUCCGUCCUUUCCAAGAAGAAAGUCUGCCUGUUGGAUGUCCAGCCUCAUACAAUAAAGCAUCUUCGAGUUGCUGAGUUCAAGCCAUUUGUGGUGUUUGUCAAGCCUCCAACGAUCGAGAGAUUGAGGGAAACCAGAAAGAACGCCAAAAUCAUAUCAGGCAAAGAUGACAAGGGAUCGGCCAAGCCAUUUACGGAGGAAGACUUUCAGGAAAUGGUGCGCACAGCCCAGAUGAUGGAGAGUCAGUAUGGUCAUCUGUUUGAGAAGGUCAUAGUCAACGAUGACCUCUCUGUGGCCUUUAGCGAGCUGCAUUUGGCACUAAAGCAAGUGGAGACGGAAACUCACUGGGUUUCAGUCAGCUGGACUUACUCCUGAGAUUCAUCCUGGCUGUAAAAGGAGAAAAGGGAAGGGCUUCAAAUCAUGUGCUUUUUUUGUAACUUUUUUUUUUUAUCUGCUGGAGCUGGUGCUGUAGGGUUAGGGGGUAUCAACUAGUCGGGGGUUUGAUCUUUGGCCACCCCAGUCCACAUGUUGGUGUCCUUGAAAACAGUGAGCCCCUCAUAGACCCCAAAGCAUUCAUGUCUGUGUGUGUUUAGUUAAAAAAGCUCUAGUAAGGCUUAAAAAAAACACUGUAUCGACUAAGAAGUGCUCUGUGAAUGUGUAUGAAUUUAUUAAUGCGGCUUGUAGUAUAAAACCACUUCAAGUUUCCAACAAGGCUAAAAAAGUUCUAUAAGAAAUGACCUUCACCUGUGGAGUGCAAUUAGCCUCAAAAAUGAUUACAAGCUUAUAAAACAAUUUAUGAGUAAUUUAAGGUCUUCAUAAAUGCGCAUUUAAAUAUAUGUAAACUAACUUUACACAUGAACAUGUUACAAAAACUGCACAAAUAUUAAUAUUUUCCAUUCAAAUAUCUUCCCUUAGAUCACAGAUGUGAUAAUUGAGCCUGUUAGCAUUAGCUGCUAAUAUGGGAACUAACAAUCCUACAAAAAAAGUCUACACAAUAAUGUUUUACUUUAUUCUAUGUGCAGCUUGUUUGUGCAUGUGAAGAUUCGAGACUUCACAACUCCUCACAGUUCCAGAAAUACAUGCUGCAUUUAAGUACUGGUAGAAAGCUGGGUCAUUUAGAUUUUAACUGGGUUUUUCCAUAUGUUGUUUUCAUUUGUAUCUCCUGUAUCAACCAUCAACCAAAUAAUAGUGACCAGUGACUGUGCCCACUUGUCCAGGGUGCUGCUGCCACUUUCUGUUUUACCUGGCUGAAUGGAACUGUGAGGAGUUUCUUUCACACCCUCUAAACUCCAAACGCAAACUCAUUCAUGCACUUUGUGACAUGCACAUGAAGCUUUUUGAGCACAAAAAUAUAUUAAUCUGUGAGGCAUGUAAAAUAUUCAUGUUUAUGCAGUUUGUAAUGUCCAUCCGUAAAGUUAUUUUACACAAUUUAAAAUUUCUUGAUAUUUGUGUGUGGAUUUAUAAACACAUAUGCAAGUUUUUAAGCUUUCGUAGCUGUUAUAACACUAAUUUCACUCCAUAUUUCACCAAUAAAACAUAUAAGUGCAGAGUGUACCUGAGCUGCACCUAGCUUAAAUAAGCUUUUGCUUCAGUUCAGAUUGGAUUUAGACUUUAGCUGCAGUCUGGAUGUAUACCUCCAUGUCUGUCCAAGCCUCAAAGGUUUGCAACUAAGAGCUUCUGUCCAGAAUAUUGGCUCUGGGUCUAACAACUAAAGGCCCAUUUAUGCUCGAUGUAGAAGCGGGAUAUGCAGAUGGACAGACAGUUUCGUCCGUCUCCUGUGUCAGUUACGUACAUAAUUUGGUUCCUUUUUCAGGGAGCUUAGCUAUCCGUUGCUUGACGCAGAAGACGGAGCAAUACCACCGUAAAUUGGGGGGGGGGCAGUGCUGAGCAGUAUAGCUAACAUGUGACCAGUGAAAGAAACAAGCCAGAGAAGAAGAAGAAAAAUAGAAAGGAAACUAAAAGGCAGAAGAAGAAUGAAGACGAGGACAACAACAGUAGAAGUUGUGUGAGCUUUUGAAGAAAGGCUAUAUGCAAGUGUUUCGAGUGUGUACAGUUAGAAACAACUUUCUAGCGAAGCAUUACCACUUCUAAACAGUCUGAAACUGAUGUCAGCUGAUGGGACUGAACUCUAAACUCAGCACUGCCUACUAGUGGAGAAAUUAAAAAGAACGGCAAUGCAAAAGAUGCAUAAGGUCAUGUGACAACGUUUGAAACGGACGUCGCUAUUCACGCAUGUAAGGGAUCUAAAAUGGGCCUUAAGGCUACAAUGUGGAGCUUUUUGAUCCAAAUCAGAAUGAUAAACAAGUUUAGACCAUCACAGCCCCACCAACUCUGCCAGUAUAAUCAACCAGGAUUCGAACUUUAGAAUAUUUUCUGUAUUAAAACUGUAGUAACCAAAGGGAUUGAUGUAUGACUGCAAAAGAACAGCCUUUGAGGGAAAAACGGGGAGAAAAGAACAUAAAUUAUGCCUUAUUAUGUUUCUGUUUUAAAAAAGAAAUGCAUCCAUGACUGUUAGACAAAACAAUAAUAGGUACAUUAUUCUCAUGAAAGGGCAACAGUUAUUUUAUUUAAAAGAAAUUAAUAUAUUUUUAAUAUUUUCCAGUGGUUUUUAAAUAGAUUUUAUAUCCAAAUCUUGACUUUAAGAGCAACCUGAUCUCAACUGUAGCCACAACUCUUUUUUUUACACCUGAGGCAUCUUUUCUUUCAUUGAAGUGUUGUAAUUUCACUGCCCCGACCCAGUUUUUUUCCCCAGUGAAGGACAUACGCAGUUAUUUUAUUUAGGUGUUGUAUAUUUCAUUUGGGAGCAGUUUGGAAGAGCCACCCUUCACAGAAGGUGCCCAGUACAACAGCUUCACCGUUUACAGUUCCAGUACUGGACCCUUUUGGCUGACUGCUAGAAGAAAGUGUUCACUUUCUGUGUUUUAUUAGGGUGGAGUCUUUAUUUUUAUUCACAUAAAAAUGGCUUCAGCAAGGCUCCUAGCAGUGACUCCAUAGCACACUUCCAGGACUUUAACUUAAGAAGCCACUCCAGACUUUAUGAGGAUCAAGAAUUUACGACUUAUUUGAGUCACCCAGUCUUACUAACUGCUACUUAUUUUUAAUUUAAUUCUUUUUCACAUUUCAUUUAUCAUAGAAAUACCUAAAUUUCUGGGAAAUUGAUUAGCAUAUUCUCUGAUAGAUCUAGGGUUUGCUAAGAUGAGAUAGCUGAUAUGUGUGUAGAGGUUUAAUCUAAAUGAGCAGUAUUUCUCAGUCCUGGUCCUCGGGAACCACUGCCCUGCACGUUUUGGAGGUAAUCAGCUUCAACACACAAGACUCAAAUUAAUGGUUCAUUAGCAGGUUUGCAAAAUAAUCUGGAUCAUGUGUACAGGAGUUGGGAAGAACUAAAACAUACAGGGCAGUGGUCCCUGAGGACCAGGAUUGAGAAACUCUGUCUUAGAGCCACAAUGUAAGUGGUUAGCCUUUCAGAGAUGUUUACAACACGAGUGCAACACUUCUAAGCUUUUUGUGCUACUUUUUUCCUUUUUAAACUCUAGAUAGUUCAAUGCUAAGUGUAUUUUUAUGCUAGGCUAAGCUAACUAGCUGCAUACCUAGCAUACAGAAAGAAAGGGGUGUUAGCCUACCAAUAAAGUUUAAACUCCUAUUACCAUUUAUCAUCAGGCUGCUUUUCCCAAAUAUUUCUUCAAACCUUUUCCACCAACUGUGACAUCUACAGGUUUUAUCUCUGUUUUUAAAAAGGGUAAUAUUAAUGUUUAUACUUUUCAGUGAUUAAUAACAUUCAACUCUGUACUGUCCUGUUACACUGCAGAAAAUGAAAAGAAAAACACUUAAACUGAGAAGAUUCAAACUAUAAUAAAGUGAAAUAAUCUGCUGGUCAGUGGGAUAUUUACACUCGGGAAGGUUUCCUGAAAUAAGAAAAUACUAAGCUUUAGACAAGAGAAACGUUCAUAUUAAAAACAACUUCAGUGUAGAUUCGUCUUUUUAGUGUAGACCAAGACUACACUGAAAAGAAGCAUCAUCAGGUUGGUUUGGAUGUUGUUUUUACUUAAUAAAGGACUUGGAACAAGUGUUUCACAACUUGUUACAAAAUGCUUCUCACUUGUCUAAAGACUAGAAAAGUGUUGUUUUUUUUAUUAAGAUAGCAAAUUUUUUGCAGUGUUUUUAGCCUUUAAGCUGAACAUACACAUCAGAUGAGUGUUUGGUGGAUUUUUGUUGUAAAACCUUAUUUGUUAUAAAUCCUUUACCAUUGGAAAGCUGUUCAUUUCCCCUUUGAAUGGAGCCAAAUUUGUAAGGAAAGUUAAUUUGUGGGAUGAGCUGCAGGGUUGAGUAUGUGGGUUGUUCCCAUGACAAACUGAAUGAACUUCUCUGCCAAUACCAAACAGUAGGGUGAGUGAUACUGCAAGGUUUUAUAUCAAUCUGAUACCUGAUAAAUUUGGCAUUGGCAUUCUCUGCUAAUGCCAAACAGCUUAUUUUCCUACUGACUCUUGCUAGUAAGCUAUUCGGUUUAUAAGUUGGUAGAGAAGAUUUGGCAAGUUUUUUAGACUCAACCCUCCUGCUCAUCCCACAAAUGCAUUUUCCUUACAAAUAUGGCUCAAUUUAAAAGGGAAAUUACCAUGUUUUACAAUAGUAAUAGACAACAUCCAGAGAUGUAAGACGCUUUGAUACAACAAAGACAUUAUCCACCAAACACUAAAUUACUGACUUCAUGCAAUACGUUUAUGUCAGCUUAUUAAUAGUAUAAGUAUAUAUCUCCCCACUGUCGCCUGUUUCAUUGAUCAGAAUUAGAUUUGUACAGUCUCUGGGAAAUAUUUUUAAAUUUCUCUCUGUAAAUGAAAUGUUUAUGAGGCAAGUUGUAUGAAUUUAUGCUUACAUUUUAUAAUAAAGAAAAUUCCUCAGCUUU